CUGUAAACAUAUAACCUUUAGUUGUUACCAUCUGUAUGACAAUAUUAAAUGUCUCUUAGUUUGUGCAGUUUACAUUUCUGCACGGAACUAUUGUUUGAGUUUGUUCCAUGACGGACACAAAGAGCGUUGCACAGAGAAACCCUGUGGAGGACAGUUCAGCAGCAUCGCGGUUGUUGGUGUUAAACCAGAUAAGAUAUUCUGGUCGAUUCUCGACCAUGUCCCACGCUAUGCCCCCGGUCCUCUCCGUCCACCCCUCUCGGGCUAUGAUCGAUGAGAAGUUCAAGGUGGUGGUGGAGAAUCUGCCCCCAGGGUGUCCAGUGACCCUGCACUCCCUCCACCACUCGGAGGACAAGGACUACUGGGAGGCCUUCGGACACUACGUGAGUAACCACAGAGGAGCGGUGUCUGUUGCAGAUGAUUACAGUUUUGGGGGAACUUACACAGGAAAAGAAGAUGGUUUGUUGUGGAGUAUGCGUCCCAUCCCAGGCAGCCGCAUAGGCCUCAGGUUGAGAAAGCUGAACGUCUGCGUCCCCCAGCUGGUCAACAUCUCGGUCUACAGUGGACACGUAGCGGAGGGCUUCAGGGAGCGGGCUGCCUUGGCCUCGUCGCUCACAGAGAGGUGGCACAUGGCUCCAGGAGUCCAGAGGAUCGAAAUCAAAAAGAGAGGAGUGCGAGGGACUCUGUUUAUGCCUGCAGGUCCAGGCCCCUUCCCCGGCCUGCUGGAUAUGUGGGGAGGCGGCGGAGGGCUGCUGGAGUAUCGUUCGGCGUUGCUGGCAUCACACGGUUAUGCUUCUUUGGCGCUGGAGUAUUUCGCCGCCGGGGAGCUGGAGUCAGCAAACCAAGAGUUAAACUAUUUUGAGAAAGCAGUUGAUAUCAUCAGAGACCAUCCUCAAGUGAUCGCGGACAGAGUUGGAAUCUUCGGCCUUUCCCUUGGCUCGCUUUUGACCAUCCUGUUGUCAGCAGAGAGCAGCGUUAUCAAGCCCAGUUGUUGUGUUUGUAUCAGCGCCAGCCACCUACAUCCAUACGGGGCGACCCUCGGAGAACUUUAUCACAUAUGGACCAAGAACUAUUCCAAGAUGCACUUGGAUGAGAACAACUGUGAGAUAUGGAGAGAUAUAGGCCUUCCCAUUUCAGAUGAUCCCUCACAGAAAGUGGACGUGGGGAAAAUAAACUGUCCAAUGUUCUUGGUGAACGGCUGUGAUGAUCAGAACUGUGCCGCAGUGGAGUAUGCUGACGAUAUGGCCCAGGUGAUGCGUGCAGCAGGGAAUGAGCACCUGCUGAACAGAGUUGAAUACCCUGAUGCUGGACAUCUGAUUGAGCCGCCGUACUCGCCUCACUUCAGAGCCACUAAUUUUGUAAAGCAUGAUACAAAAGAGAAAGUGAUAUUGCUGUGGGGAGGACAAAGUAAACCCCACGCACACGCUCAGGAGGACUCCUGGAAUAAGAUCUUGGCUUUUCUGCAGAAGUAUCUGUACUCCAACUCAACUCCCAAAGCCAAGAUGUGAACGAUUGCACGAGCACACGAAUCACUGCUGGAAAACAUCGUAUAGUGUGACGAGUGUUCACGACCUUUAACACUAACGCAUGUGCCGCUCUGUGUGGACCAUGUGCCUCACUGUGUGGACCAUGUGCCUCUCUGUGUGGACCAUGUGCCUCUCUGUGUGGACCAUGUGCCUCUCUGUGUGGACCAUGUGCCUCACUGUGUGGACCA